AUGGGUCUCGUGUCUGCAGAGAGCGACGCAAAAGUUUCGGUGGAACCAGCUGACGUUGCAGUUGCGGACCAAAGGACUUGCCUGGAUUGCAAAGAUGGUAAGGAUGACAACGACGAGACUCCCGUUCUUGGCGCUCACGGUUAUGCCAUCGAAGAAGCCGCCAAGGCGGUAGCAGGUCAGCUUUAUGCGAUGACCAACAAACUGAUUAGUUCGAUGGAGCAGGGUCUGGAGUUAAAAAACGUGCUUAUCAAUAAAACGAUUCUGGGCUCUUUCGAGUUAGAACAGGAGAAUUUCCGUCGCGAGCGCGAGUUGCAUUACUCGCAUGCCAGUGCAGACUCCGUCGCUCCAUGGGAAGAUUGCUGCAGUGCAACCGACGCCCGUAAGCAGAUCUUGUCUCUUUCGUUUGAUCCCAGCAACUUCCUGCGCGACCCACCGGACGGUAGCGGUUUCACGUUCGACUAUAACAGCUACAGCGGCAGAGCCAGGGGCGCUCUGGAACAGGACCCAACACUGCGCAAAAUGCGCUUCGAACUCGUGCCAAAGAGGUUAUCCGAAGAAAAGUUUUGGCGAAACUAUUUCUAUCGCGUGUCACUGAUUAAGAAGAACGUCGAUAACAAAGUAAAGGAGUUGGCGAACAGAAAGGAUGCUGAAACUGAAUCGAACACCACCGCCGGGCAAGCAUACCCGUCUACUUCCCAUAUCACAGCGAACCAAGAGGUUCGUUUGUCUUCUGAACCGACGGCACAAGCACCCGCACAAAAGACAUGCAAGCCUGAACAAGAUGUGGAUGAGGCUGAUGGAGAAGUGUCCGACGAAAAGAUCGCUGAAAUUGAGCGCGAAGUGCUGGCUAACUUUAACGAAUUCGAACUUGUCGAACACCAGAACGAUUCGGUAGAAGAAACCGACUGGGACCGCGUAAUCACCGAAGUGCUUGUCGAUAGGCCGUCACCGGCAUUGUCUGAAGACAAGGACGACGUUGCGGUGGCUGACUAA